UAUAAUUCUCAACUGACACAAAACAGUUCAUUUUAAAACUGUAAAAUGUAUAAACUUGUCUCUUUUCUUUUGACUUUUUUCGUCGUGUGUAACAUUUGUUAUGGAGACGAUGAUACAUGCUGCCUGCCUUUAGUGACAGGACCAUGUAAAGCAGCUAUAAAGAGAUACGGCUAUGUUGAAGGGCAGGGCUGCAUCGAGUUCACAUACGGGGGUUGUGAUGGAAAUGCUAAUAAUUUCAAAACACUAUCCUCCUGUAUCGCCGCUUGUGGCUAGUAACUAUCCUGUUUCAACCUUUUUUUGUUUCAUCCUAUAAUUGUUUCUAUAUGUACAUGAAUAAAACAAAUACAUUGUAUAAACAAA